AUGAAGCUCUCCCAAUCCGUAGUCGCUCUAUUCGUCCCACCAGUAGUGACGGCGCUGUCUCUCCCUCCGCGCAAUCAUCGCACCGUGAACCAAACCACCUGUGGCGGUACCACUUAUGCAUACACCGGCCUCGAGGGUUACGGGUACGUGCCAUCCAAUGCACUCGAUAAGUAUGGAGACACGCUCGGGGGUAUUGGCAGCUCUGCAGCCAUCGACCAGUCGUCCUGGCGCCGGACGGGGCGGGACUCGUUCUCGGGAAUUGUAUACUGUCUGCCAGAUCGCGGUUGGAAUACCAAUGGAACCAUCAAUUUCCAACCACGCAUCCACAAGCUGUCGCUGUCCCUCCGACUUGCUCCCAAUGCGUCAGCGCAGAAGCCUUCCCCUCCCAACCUGGAUCUCCAAUAUCUAGAUACAAUCCUCCUGACCGGUCCGGACGGCGAGCCUCUUACGGGUCUCGAUGCCGACAGCGCCGGGUUCGCAUCGUACUCGGGUUUCCCUCCCUUGCCCGUAACCACGUACGAGGGUGAUGGCUUCGGCGGUGCCGGUCCAGGCGGCAGGAGAGUCACCAUCGACGCCGAGGGCCUAGUGCUAGAUCGCGAUGAUGAGGGUUUUUGGAUCUCAGAGGAGUAUGGGCCCUAUGUGUACAAGUUCACCAAGACCGGCCAGAUGAUUCACGCCAUCCAACCGCCGAAAGCCAUUCUCCCGCAUCGCAACAACACCCUCAGCUUCAGCGCCGCCAGUGCGCCCUUAUAUAGCCCCGAACAACUCCCUAUCCCCGAGGACCCGAAAACAGGACGCAACAACAACCAAGGCCUCGAGGCAUUGACCCUCUCCGCCGACGGCAAGACCCUAUACACCAUGAUGCAGUCAGCGUUGAAUCAGGAAGGUGGUCCCAAGAAAAAUAACCGACAACCUACUCGACUGCUCGCAUACGACCUCUCCUCGGGCCAUCCUCUCUACAAACAAGAGUACGCCGUAAUGCUCCCCAAAUACCAUGACUACACGAAAGAUGACAAGGACGACGCAAUGCGCGUUGCGUCGCAGUCGGAGAUCCAUCAUCUUCCCACGGGAGACUUCCUCAUUCUCUCUCGGGACUCCGGGUUCGGACACGGCCAGGACGAAACGCGCUCUGUGUACCGACAGGUCGACGUCCUCUCCAUCUCGGAAUCAACGACUGACCUGAAGGGGAAAUACGAUGGGGUCAGUGCAUCGAUUGCCUCCUCCAAGGGGGUUCUGGACCCUGAUAUCACGCCGGUCGAGUACUGUUCGUUUUUGGACUUCAAUGUCAAUGCCGAAUUGGCUCGAUUCGGCCUCCACAAUGGCGGGGACCAGGACGCUGGACUGCUCAAUGAGAAAUGGGAGAGUCUUGCUCUUGUUCCUGCAAACCCGUCUCGAAAUUCCCACAGCAAGGGCAAGCGCAAGGGCAAGACUGAGUAUUUCUUAUUCAGCUUUAGUGAUAAUGACUUUAUGACUCAGGAUGGGUACAUGAAUUUCGGCCGGUUCAAGUAUGCCGACGCAUCUGGGUAUAAUAUUGAUAACCAGGUUCUAGUUUUCAGGGUGGAGUUCUAG